CUUCAACGCUCAAAGCCCCGCACUGAAAAAGAGAAAAUGAAAAAAAGGCUUUCAUUUUUGGUUUCCCUGGCAUUAAUGGUUUCCUCACGAAGUUGAACGACGACGUUUGGUGAAGAAACAUGGAACCGCAAUUCUCGAGGCCCCGAUCGUACGGACCGCCGACGCACCAGCAGCAGCAGCAAUUGAAAAUGACGAUUCCGCCACCGCCACAACACUCGGACAACGACAGGAGCAGCAGCGAACUCCGCGCGGUCGAUUGCAACCUUAAUUCCCUUUGCGAACACAUCCAAAUGGAAGGUUUCAACGGCGGUUCAUUCUCCGACAUCGUCGUGAAUGCCAUGGGAUCUACCUACCACCUCCACCGCCUCAUACUCUCCCGUAGCUCCUACUUCAGGAACAUGUUGCACGGGCCUUGGAAAGAAGCCAAAGCUCCGAUGGUGACAUUGAACGUCGACGAUAACAACGUUAACGGUGAAGCGAUCGCGAUCGCGUUGGCGUAUUUGUACGGACAUCAUCCCAAGCUUAAUGAUAAUAACGCGUUUCGCGUUUUAGCUGCUGCUUCAUUUCUUGAUCUUCAGGAUCUAUGCGCAAUAUGUACUGAUUUUAUUAUAUCUGAGCUGUGGACUUCGAAUUUCUUAGCAUAUCAGGUGUUUGCGGAGAGUCAAGAUUAUGGGAUACAUGGAGAAAGGGUGAGGAAUGCUUGCUGGGGCUACCUUUGUCAAAGUGGUGCCAUGGAAUUGAAAGAGGUGCUACCUAAACUUUCAUCUCAGACUUUACAUGCAUUGCUGACCUCUGACGAGCUGUGGGUGCAUAGUGAAGAAAAACGGUUUGAACUGGCAUUGCACACGCUCCUCUCAAAAGGUGCUUUCUACAAGACUGAACAUUCUGAUCAAGGCAGUUCCUCUCCUGAGAUGGCAAUUGGCAUUCCUCCUGAGUCUUCUAAAGCAAAGGGAAAAGAUUUAGUUGAUAGCUGUCCUGGUAAGACGUUGGAAUCUGAACUGGGAUGCCUCAGUUUAAAAGGUAACCUAGAGCACUGUAAUACUGCUCAGAACCUCCUUGUGGAGCUCACCGAAUGUAUGGUUGACAUCCAGACUGGAGUAUCUAGCUCUGAAAAACAGGUGCCGCAACCUAAAUAUGCUCAAUCAGAGCCUAUAUAUCCCUGCAACAUGGAUCAGUCUUCAUCAAUGAAUAACUCAUUUUCAGAUGCAGAGGGGAUAAGAACUUCAUGUUCAUAUGUUGAAAUGCCAAUUGGUGUUGGAACAAGUGGAUUGGGGGCCAGUGGAAUGGCCAUGGAGGGACCAUCUGAGGAAGGCUCAUGCUACCAUUUGAAUAAUGAUAAUUGGCUUGCAAGCGAUCAAUCAAGGAAUUGCUCUUCUGUGGACUCCUCCUGUAGUGGGAUCAUGUUGAAUGAUUGGGGAAGGUGUGGCAUGGCUUCUCUUUCUUGGGGUGGCAGGGUUGUGGGUAAAAGACAGGUAAAAAGCUAUGCUAAAGGGAACUGCAGGAUUCGUGGUGAGGAGUAUGAUGCUUUUGUCAAUAUAUUUGAAGGUGGUUCUCUUCUAUAUUGCAAUAUGUCCUUUGAGGAACUUUUGAAUGUCAGGAAGCAACUUGAAGAGUUGGGAUUUCCUUGCAAAGCUGUGAAUGAUGGUCUUUGGCUGCAGAUGCUAUUAAGCCAGAGGGUGCAAGAAGUUGGGGCUGACACAUGCAAAAAUUGCUGCCUCACUAGUAUGCAAUGCGCUUGCAGGCAGCCAUUUGGAUUUCCACACGGAGUAGCUACUACAGGCUAUUAUGUGCAAGAGCACGAUCAAAAUCAUCUUACUGGCAACAUUGGAAAUGUGUAUGUGGCUGAUAAUAAUCAAGGUGAAGGAAGUGGCCUCUUUAGGCCAGUAAGAGUGCAUGUCAGGGGGCCUAUUGAUGGACUUGCAGGUAUUGGACGUGGAGCUACAUUUGUUCCUGCCACUGCAUGGCCUCCAACACGAUUUGUCUUUUCCCGUGUGCCCUUUGGUAUGGGCAACAGAAAUGGCCAGCAAUCUCUUCCUAAUGAUGAUUCAGAGGCUAGAGCUGACAAUAAUGGAGACAUGUCUGGUGGUGGAUUAACUGCUCUGGUUGAGUUAAGCCAAGGAGGAAGCAAUGCCACUAAUGUUCAUGGAGAACAAACAGAGAGGAGUUAUGAGACAGAUCUGCAAAGCAGUGUCCCUGUAACUUCUGCUGCAGGGCCAGCUACUAGUGGGAUUGCCAUGCAGAUGCUCGAGUCCCCAGAACAUGGCAUUGGAAUUGAAUGGGAGAAUGCAACUAGUUCUUCUAUAUCAUUGGACAUGAAAACCCCUCUGAGUCACUUCCCUCCCUUUCGUUUUGGGGUUGAAUUUGAAGAUGUUCACAGGCUUGGUGAUGCUCAAGUCAAGCACUCUCCAGAAUUCUUUUAUGCUGGUUCUUUGUGGAAGGUUAGUGUUCAGGCCUUUAAUGAUGAAGAUCCUCAAGGACGCCGGACUCUAGGAUUAUUUCUUCACCGGCGGAAGGCUGAGAUAACUGACUCUCUCAGAAAGGUUCACAUAUACGUCGAUUCUCGCGAAAAGGUGACCGCCCGGUAUCAGUUGAUUUGUCCAUCAAAACGAGAAGUCAUGGUGUUUGGAAGCUUCAAACAGAGGGGCACUCUCUUGCCAAAAGCUCCCAAGGGAUGGGGCUGGAGGACAGCUCUGUUGUUUGAUGAGCUGGCUGAUCUUCUCCAAAAUGGGGCCCUAAGAGUAGCUGCUGUCGUGCAGCUUGUGUGAAUCUCAUCUAAAAGCAUAAAAUUGCUCACACCUGGUUUUCCCUCUGUGUCAGAUGUAAAAAGAGCGCAACUUUUAACCUUUGGGCAGAGGAUGAUUAAAACCUGACAUCUAUCCUCAUCCUGUGCAGUUUUACUAAUAAUCAAUUGCAAUUCUUUUGUGACCAAAUAUUUUUUUAUUUUAUUUUGCAGAGUUAUUAUUUUAUGUAAAUCAAAGUAUGAUAAAAGUGUAGAAACACAACUCCUUGUAUCACUUCCCAACGGAGUCAAUGCUGAAUUCAAGAAUUUAUGGUACAAAAGCUUUAAAGUAAGAAAUUUUUUCUUUUA